UGUUUGUUUCCUGUGUUACAGACCUGGUUACUGAAAGCAUCCUGCGUGGUCAAAUAGUACAUUGAGACAGCCUUAUUUUUUGUGAAAUGAAGUUUAAUUUUGAGACACUUCAGUAGGGAAUUGCAAGUGAUUUGACACCAUGGUAGCCCUUUCCUUGAAGAUCUGCGUCCGCCAAUGCAAUGUUGUGAAGACGAUGCAGUUUGAACCAUCCACUGCAGUGUAUGAUGCCUGUAGAGUUAUUCGUGAACGAGUGCCAGAGGCUCAGAUGGGGCAAGCCUCAGACUAUGGAUUGUUCUUGUCGGAUGAAGAUCCUCGUAAAGGUAUAUGGCUGGAAGCUGGAAGAACACUGGAUUAUUACAUGCUGAGAAAUGGGGAUGUACUGGAGUACAAAAAGAAACAGAGACCUCAGAAAAUACGUAUGUUGGAUGGUUCAGUGAAAACAGUCAUGGUGGAUGAUUCUAAAACUGUUGGUGAAUUGCUUGUUACCAUUUGCAGCAGGAUAGGAAUAACAAAUUAUGAGGAAUAUUCUUUAAUCCAGGAGAGCAUUGAAGAAAAGAAAGAAGAGAGUACAGGAACACUUAAGAAAGAUAGAACGUUGUUGCGUGAUGAAAGAAAAAUGGAAAAAUUGAAGGCAAAGCUUCAUACAGAUGAUGAUUUAAAUUGGCUGGAUCAUAGCCGAACGUUUAGAGAGCAAGGAGUUGACGAGAACGAAACACUGCUGUUGAGACGGAAGUUCUUUUAUUCAGACCAGAACGUGGAUUCGAGAGAUCCUGUUCAACUGAAUUUGCUUUAUGUUCAGGCUCGUGAUGACAUUCUGAAUGGUUCCCAUCCUGUCUCCUUUGAAAAGGCCUGUGAGUUUGGAGGCUUUCAAGCACAGAUCCAGUUUGGACCUCAUGUAGAACACAAACACAAACCUGGAUUUUUAGACCUAAAAGAAUUCCUACCUAAAGAAUAUACCAAACAAAGAGGGGCUGAAAAAAGAAUAUUUCAGGAACAUAAAAACUGUGGUGAGAUGAGUGAAAUAGAAGCCAAAGUGAAGUAUGUGAAGCUAGCUCGUUCCCUGCGGACCUACGGAGUGUCCUUUUUUCUUGUUAAGGAAAAAAUGAAAGGUAAAAACAAGCUGGUUCCUCGUUUGCUGGGUGUCACCAAGGACUCAGUGAUGCGUGUGGAUGAGAAGACCAAAGAAGUGUUGCAGGAAUGGCCACUGACAACUGUGAAACGCUGGGCUGCCUCACCUAAAAGCUUUACUCUGGAUUUUGGUGAAUAUCAGGAAAGCUAUUACUCAGUACAGACCACUGAAGGGGAGCAGAUCUCUCAGUUAAUUGCGGGUUAUAUUGAUAUCAUCCUGAAGAAGAAACAAAGUAAAGAUAGAUUUGGUCUUGAAGGUGAUGAGGAAUCAACCAUGUUGGAAGAAUCUGUUUCACCGAAGAAGUCUACCAUCUUACAGCAACAGUUCAACCGAACAGGGAAGGUAGAGCAUGGCUCUGUAGCACUACCAGCUGUUAUGCGUUCAGGGUCCAGUGGCCCAGAAACUUUCAAUGUUGGCAUCAUGCCUUCUCCUCAGCAACAGGUCACGAUUGGUCAGAUGCACAGAGGACAUAUGCCCCCUCUUACUUCAGCUCAACAGGCCUUAAUGGGGACUAUUAAUACCAGCAUGCAUGCUGUUCAACAAGCUCAAGCUGACCUCAGUGAGGUUGAUAACCUACCACCUCUAGGGCAGGACAUGGCAUCAAGAGUAUGGGUUCAGAACAAGGUUGAUGAAUCAAAACAUGAAAUACACUCUCAGGUUGACGCUAUCACUGCAGGAACUGCUUCUGUUGUUAACCUUACAGCAGGUGACCCUGUUGACACUGACUACACUGCUGUGGGAUGUGCAAUUACAACCAUCUCUUCCAACCUCACCGAGAUGUCUAAAGGUGUGAAACUGCUUGCUGCUCUCAUGGAUGAUGAAGUUGGAAGUGGAGAGGACCUCCUGAAAGCUGCUCGAACAUUGGCCAUUGCUGUCUCAGACUUGCUGAAGGCUGUUCAGCCUACUUCAGGAGAGCCUCGACAGACAGUUUUGACUGCAGCUGGAAGCAUUGGGCAAGCCAGUGGAGAGCUACUGAGACAGAUUGGAGAGAAUGAAACAGAUGAAAGGUUCCAGGAUGUUCUGAUGAGUCUGGCCAAAGCUGUUGCAAAUGCUGCCGCUAUGUUAGUGUUGAAGGCCAAGAAUGUAGCACAGGUUGCUGAAGAUACAGUCCUGCAGAACAGAGUGAUUGCUGCUGCUACACAGUGUGCACUCUCUACUUCCCAGCUUGUGGCUUGUGCCAAGGUUGUGAGUCCUACCAUCAGCUCUCCAGUGUGCCAGGAACAGCUGAUCGAGGCAGGAAAACUGGUGGAUCGUUCAGUGGAGAACUGUGUGAGGGCCUGCCAGGCUGCCACAGAUGACACUGAGUUACUGAAGCAGGUCAGUGCAGCUGCCAGCAUUGUCAGCCAAGCCCUGAAUGACCUCUUGCAGCAUGUCCGCCAGUUUGCAAGCAGGGGAGAGCCUAUUGGACGCUAUGAUCAGGCCACAGAUACCAUCAUGUGUGUCACGGAGAGUAUUUUCAGUUCAAUGGGGGAUGCUGGUGAAAUGGUACGGCAGGCCAGGGUGCUGGCUCAAGCAACUUCAGAUCUCGUCAAUGCAAUGAGGUCAGAUGCUGAAGCAGAAAUUGACAUGGAAAACUCAAAAAAGCUCCUAGCAGCUGCAAAGCUCCUUGCAGAUUCUACAGCCCGCAUGGUUGAAGCUGCAAAGGGAGCUGCAGCCAAUCCUGAAAAUGAGGAUCAGCAGCAGCGUCUGCGAGAAGCAGCGGAGGGACUGCGGGUUGCUACAAAUGCUGCUGCACAAAAUGCCAUCAAGAAGAAAAUUGUCAACAGAUUAGAGAUUGCAGCUAAACAAGCUGCAGCUGCUGCUACUCAAACUAUUGCAGCUUCUCAGAAUGCAGCUGUUUCAAAUAAGAACACUGCAGCCCAUCAGCAACUUGUGCAGAGCUGUAAGAACGUUGCAGACCACAUUCCUCAGUUGGUGCAAGGUGUGAGAGGAAGUCAGGCUCAGGCAGAAGACCUCAGUGCACAGCUUGCUCUGAUAAACUCCAGCCAGAACUUCCUUCAGCCUGGAAGUAAAAUGGUGGCAUCUGCUAAAGCUGCAGUACCUACUGUGACUGACCAGGCAGCAGCCAUGCAGCUAAGUCAGUGUGCAAAGAACCUUGCGACCAGCUUAGCUGAGCUACGGACUGCCUCCCAGAAGGCUCAUGAAGCAUGUGGCCCAAUGGAAAUUGAUUCUGCUUUAAAUACGGUCCAGACCCUCAAAAGUGAACUGCAAGAUGCAAAGAUGGCAGCUGUGGAUGGACAGUUAAAGCCUCUUCCAGGAGAAACUCUUGAGAAAUGUGCUCAGGAUCUGGGAAGCACAUCCAAAGCAGUUGGUUCAUCAAUGGCCCAGUUACUAACUUGUGCUGCUCAAGGCAACGAGCACUACACAGGAGUUGCUGCCAGAGAAACUGCUCAGGCUUUGAAGACGUUGGCUCAGGCAGCACGUGGGGUUGCAGCAUCAACUACUGACCCUGUAGCAGCACAUGCAAUGUUGGAUUCAGCAAGGGAUGUCAUGGAAGGCUCUGCUAUGCUUAUUCAGGAGGCAAAGCAGGCCCUUGCUGCACCAGGAGACGCAGACAGUCAGCAGAGAUUAGCCCAGGUGGCAAAAGCAGUGUCUCACUCAUUGAAUAACUGUGUGAAUUGUCUACCUGGACAAAAGGAUGUGGAUGUGGCUUUGAAGAGUAUUGGGGAGUCUAGCAAGAAGCUCCUUGUUGAUUUGCUACCUCCAAGCUCUAAGUCAUUUCAAGAAGCUCAGAGUGAGCUGAAUCAGGCAGCAGCAGAUUUGAAUCAGUCAGCAGGAGAAGUUGUCCAUGCUACACGGGGCCAAAGUGGGGAACUGGCUGCAGCAUCUGGAAAAUUCAGUGAUGAUUUCGAUGAAUUUCUUGAUGCUGGUAUUGAAAUGGCUGGACAAGCUCAAACGAAAGAAGACCAGAUUCAAGUAAUAGGUAACCUCAAGAGCAUCUCUAUGGCUUCCAGCAAGCUUUUACUGGCUGCCAAGUCUCUGUCUGUUGAUCCUGGAGCUCCUAAUGCCAAGAAUCUAUUAGCGGCAGCAGCCAGAGCUGUGACUGAGAGCAUAAACCAGCUCAUCACGCUGUGCACCCAGCAGGCUCCCGGGCAGAAGGAAUGUGACAAUGCACUCAGAGAACUGGAGACAGUGAAGGGAAUGCUGGAUAACCCCAAUGAGCCUGUGAGCGACCUCUCGUAUUUUGAUUGUAUUGAGGGUGUAAUGGAGAACUCAAAGGCUCUUGGAGAAUCUAUGGCAGGCAUUUCCCAGAAUGCGAAAACCGGGGAUCUUUUGGUCUUUGGAGAAUGUGUUGGAGUUGCAUCCAAGGCUCUUUGCGGCCUCACAGAGGCAGCAGCUCAGGCUGCUUACCUGGUUGGCAUUUCAGAUCCCAACAGUCAGGCAGGUCAGCAGGGUCUUGUUGACCCAAUUCAAUUUGCUAGAGCCAAUCAAGCAAUCCAGAUGGCUUGCCAGAAUUUGGUAGAUCCAGCAAGCAGUCCUUCACAGGUAUUGUCAGCUGCCACAAUUGUGGCCAAACAUACUUCUGCUCUGUGCAAUGCUUGUCGCAUUGCUUCAUCAAAGACAGCAAAUCCUGUUGCCAAGAGACACUUUGUGCAAUCUGCCAAGGAAGUUGCAAACAGCACCGCUAACCUGGUUAAGACUAUCAAGGCCCUGGAUGGUGAUUUCUCUGAAGAGAAUCGCAACAAAUGCAGAAUUGCUACCGCGCCAUUGAUAGAGGCUGUGGAAAACCUGACAGCAUUUGCUUCAAAUCCAGAAUUUGUCAGCAUCCCAGCACAGAUCAGCACUGAGGGAUCACGAGCGCAGGAGCCAAUUCUAGUUUCUGCUAAAACAAUGUUGGAGAGCUCUUCUUUAUUGAUCAAAACAGCUCGUUCUCUAGCAAUCAAUCCAAAAGACCCUCCUACAUGGUCAGUGCUAGCUGGGCAUUCCCAUACUGUCUCAGAUUCUAUAAAGAGUCUUAUCACCUCUAUCAGGGAUAAGGCCCCAGGCCAGAGAGAAUGUGAUUACUCUAUAGAUGGGAUCAACAGAUGCAUCAGAGACAUUGAGCAGGCCUCACUUGCAGCUGUCAGUCAGAGUCUGGCCACAAGGGAUGACAUCUCAGUUGAGGCUCUACAGGAGCAGCUGACAUCAGUCGUUCAGGAAAUUGGCCAUCUGAUUGAUCCAAUAGCAACCGCAGCUCGGGGAGAGGCAGCACAGCUUGGGCACAAGGUUACGCAGCUGGCAAGUUACUUUGAACCCUUGGUGUUAGCUGCAGUUGGCGUAGCAUCCAAAACUCUGGAUCAUCAGCAACAAAUGACAGUGUUGGACCAGAGCAAGACAUUAGCAGAGUCUGCCUUACAGAUGUUGUAUGCAGCCAAAGAAGGAGGAGGAAAUCCCAAGGCAUCACAUACUCAUGAUGCAAUUACUGAGGCAGCUCAACUGAUGAAAGAGGCUGUGGAUGAUAUCAUGGUUACCUUAAAUGAAGCUGCUAGUGAAGUAGGCAUGGUUGGAGGUAUGGUAGAUUCGAUAACAGAGGCAAUGAGCAAGCUGGAUGAAAGUACACCUGCAGAUCACAAGGGAACAUUUGUUGAUUAUCAGACCACUGUGGUGAAAUACUCUAAAGCCAUUGCCAUUACAGCACAGGAAAUGAUGACUAAGUCGGUUACUAACCCGGAAGAGUUGGGAGGACUUGCAUCACAAAUGACCAAUGACUAUGGGCAUUUGGCUCUCCAGGGCCGAAUGGCUGCAGCUACCGCUGAACCAGAGGAGAUAGGGUUCCAGAUCAAGACUCGGGUGCAAGAACUUGGUCACGGCUGUAUCUUUCUCGUGCAAAAAGCUGGAGCUCUCCAGAUUUGCCCUACAGACAGUUACACCAAAAGGGAACUGAUAGAAUGUGCUCGUGCUGUGACUGAAAAGGUCUCCCUAGUUUUAUCUGCUCUUCAAGCAGGAAACAAAGGCACGCAAGCUUGUAUUACUGCAGCCAGUGCUGUGUCUGGGAUAAUUGCAGAUCUAGACACCACUAUCAUGUUUGCUACUGCUGGAACCCUUAAUGCUGAAAACAACGAAUCAUUUGCAGACCACAGGGAAAAUAUCCUGAAAACAGCAAAAGCCUUAGUUGAAGAUACAAAAUUGUUGGUUUCCGGUGCUGCUUCAAGUCAGGACAAACUGGCUCAAGCGGCUCAGUCAUCAGCUAACACCAUCACCCAGCUUGCUGAGGUAGUAAAACUGGGAGCAGCUAGCUUGGGAUCAGAUGACCCUGAAACACAGGUUGUCCUGAUCAAUGCUAUCAAGGAUGUUGCAAAGGCCCUUUCUGACCUCAUUGGUGCUACAAAAGGAGCUGCCAGCAAGCCAGCAGAUGACCCAUCCAUGUACCAGCUGAAGGGGGCUGCCAAGGUGAUGGUAACAAAUGUCACAUCACUUUUGAAGACUGUUAAAGCAGUAGAAGAUGAAGCAACUCGAGGGACAAGAGCUCUUGAGGCCACAAUUGAGUACAUCAAACAGGAACUCACGGUGUUUCAGUCAAAUGAGGUUCCAGAAAAGACAUCAUCACCUGAAGAAUCAAUCCGGAUGACGAAAGGAAUCACCAUGGCAACAGCCAAAGCUGUGGCAGCUGGGAACUCAUGCAGACAGGAGGAUGUGAUUGCUACAGCAAAUCUCAGCCGCAAAGCAGUAGCUGACAUGCUAACAGCUUGUAAGGUAAAGAAUUGCUUCCAUGUCUAAGACUGAUAUAUUUUU